AUGCGUUGCUCGUCAUUCUUCUCAGCUCUCGUGCUGUCAGUCUGGGCGAAUGAAGACGCGAAACGGCUUUACGAUGACCUCAUGGUCAACUACAAUCGCCAUAGAAGGUUAUAAUCUUUCUCAAACUUUCUGUACAACUCAAAAAAAAGCAUGUUAAUGAAAAACAUAUUUCCAAGAAUGCGUUCGAGGAAGAACAAUUCCCUAGCGUCUUUCUUCCGACAACAUCUCUUUGCAGACCCGCCAGCAGUCCUCACCAACCGCUCACAAUCAAACUGAAGCUACGUCUUAGUCAGAUCAUAGAUGUGGUGAAUGAAAGUCUAUCAAGCUGAAACGGUGAAGGGUUUUUCAGCACGAGAUCGACCAAAUCAUGACCUGUUCGGUGUGGCUGAAGCAGGUGUGGACCGACAAGAAGCUGUCCUGGGAUCCGCGAAGUUACGGCGGCGUCAGCGUGCUCUACGUGCCCUACGAGAUGAUCUGGGUCCCUGACAUCGUCCUCUAUAACAAGUGAGUCUUGUGGCUGGAAAACCACUUCAAGAACGUCUGCAGCGCCGACAGCAACUACAACAUCACCAUCUCCACGAAAGCCACUCUCCAUUUCUCCGGAGAAGUUAGUUGUUGAGAGAUUCCUAGCUGAGCAAGACUUUCAGGUCACCUGGGAGCCGCCCGCCAUUUUCAAAAGCAUGUGUCAAAUCGAUGUCCGAUGGUGAGGUUUUUUUGAAAUCAUCGGUGUAUUGGCUGGUUUCAGGUUCCCAUUCGAUGAGCAACAAUGUCAUUUGAAGGCAAGAAAAAAUGAAGUUUUCAUUCUGAUUCGGUUUUUCAGUUUGGCUCAUGGACUUAUUCGGAAAACCUUCUGAAUGUGGAGCUCGACGAGCGCAACUUGGUCUACGAAGACGAAGUCGACGAUAACGGCAUCCACGACAAUGUCACGAUUGCUAACGACGGCAUAGGUACUCUACUGCUGAAUUUUUGAUUUCAGUCUUUUCCACAGAAGUUUUAUUAUUCGCUUUGAGAACUUUUUCCAGUCCUUCGCCGGUUUGUAGAGCAAAAGCUCAAAAAAUCUGUUUUCCCGUUAGCUUUUUGCCUACUGCUCGCGCAGAAAGCACCAUAUUUUGGUUGCUUAAAAAUGCUGUUUCAAUAACCAAAAAUAAAGAAGUUUUUGUUCAGACUUGUCGGACUACUAUCCGUCGGUAGAGUGGGACAUAAUGUCCCGUGUUGCUAAACGAAGGGCCAAAAACUAUCCGAGCUGCUGCCCGCAAAAUGCCUAUAUUGAUGUCACGGUGAGUGUGAAUUUUCCUUCUUAUUAAAUUUUUUGUUCGCUUUAGUACUACCUAAUACUGCGGCGGAAGCCUCUCUUCUACACCGUAAAUCUCGUUUUUCCUUGCGUCGGCAUUUCUUUUCUCACCAUCUUAGUUUUCUACCUACCAUCAGACUCGGGCGAGAAGGUUUGUUUUUUACUUUUUAUUCACAACAUUAAUUGAAACCUUUUUUAUAUUUUUUUGUAAAUUCUGUUGACUUGAUAAUGAUUGGAAAUGUUUGCCGACACAAAAAUUUUGUCUGCGAAUUUAUUUUUCUCCCAACUAGUUUCCUGAAUAUUCAGAGUUUUCUUCAAAAAAUAGCCAUUUACUCUUGUAAUCAGGGAAAUAAGGUAAUUUCAAAACGAACGUCUUUCAAAUAUGCCUUUCUUUGAAAUUUUUUCAGCUUUUUUUUCACAACUGUCGUAAUAUAUGACGUCUUUGGUGCAUACACAGAACGACGCUAACUUGCAUACUCAAUUGAAUCGAAAAAACAUUUUUGAACAAAAAGUGAUGAAAUAAAAAAAUGUUUAAGAACUACAGACUUGGAAAAAAAGUUGCUUCAAGCACAUUUCUAUUUUCUAGUUAAUUUCACGACAAAACAAGUUGGGGUAAAAAAAUUUUUCUCACUUUUUCAAAAAAAUUUUUCUUUUUUUAUUAGAACAAGUGAUGUGCAUUCAUUGAAACUGAUAUUCACAGGUCACGCUUUGUAUCUCUAUUCUCGUCGCACUCACCAUCUUCUUCUUGCUAUUGGUUAGUUUUUCCGGCAUCAAUCCUCUUUAAAGUCAGUUCAGACGGAAAUAAUCCCGGCGACAUCGAUCACAUUGCCUCUCAUCGGAAAAUAUCUCUUGUUCACCAUGGUUAUGGUCACUCUUUCUGUGGUGGUCACCGUCAUUUGUGAGUUUGAAGCCAUUCAACGCAAUAUCAGUCGAAUUCAAGCCUUGAAUCUGCAUUUCCGGACACCCACGACACACUUGAUGCCGAACUGGGUAAAGAAAGUUUUUCUCCAGUGGCUUCCCAAAGUGAGAACAGUAAUGUAAGAACCGUGCAAUUUUAUGAAUUUACAGAUUUUAUUCAUGCGACGACCACUGGAAGACCAAAAAGACUCGUUUCAUCAAAAUGCGAAAAUCCGCACCAAAGAUGGAAAAAUUGCUCUGAACGUGCAUUCGCAUCGGGUCAGCAAAGACGUUGGCAGAAGCAUCGCGGGAGCCACAAUCGACGACUCCAUCCAGAAGCUCUACUACUCUCCGCAGGUCGUCAAAGCCUUCGAGAACAUCUGCUUCAUCGCCGAACUUCUCAAGAAGAAAGACCGCGACGACAAGGUGGGAGAUGUUUAUAGUCUGUUCAGAUUUUGAAUGUCAAGUCGCUUCUAAAGCUUCGCCUCUAACGGCCCGAUAAGCCAAUCAGAGAGCGAGCCAUCCAUAGAGCGUUUUCGAAUGAUGUCGUUGUACUUGAUAUUCAAAAUAUGAACAAACUAUAUAUAACCUAUCCACGGCUAGCUUGGGACUCGGAGGAAGCGUGGCCUGUCUGCGCUCUCCACCAACAAGGCACUGCCUCCUUUUUAUCGUGUCAGGACCCAUUUUUCGAUGGCUCAGAGGUGAAUCAGUUAUAUUUUUGCCUGCCAAAUCAGUCGUUUCAUUUUUAUUUGGAAGAUAAUUGAAGAAAGUUGAAAAAAUAGGUCUGAUUUUCUUUCCAUACCAAUAUGUUCAUAAUCACUGGGAAAAACUCUAGUGGCCACUUGAGAGGUUCCUCAAGGGCUACUUGGAGAGGACACUAAAGUGGCCACUAAAAAAACCUCUUUAGAAGCCAAAAUUUUGCGUCUUAGUGGCUACUAUGGUCCAGUUAGGCUUCUAAAGUAGCCACUAAAACGUUAAAACCCAAAAAUGGCCACUAAAAACGUUCCUUGUAACAAAGAGUACAGGUAAAGCCUACAAAAUGGCUUGAUUGAAAGAUAUUCAAAAAAAUGCUCGGUUCUAUUGUCAUCGAGAAGUCUAACUUCAGAUCGAUGAGGACUGGAAGUACGUGGCGAUGGUGCUCGACCGCUUGUUCCUCCUCAUUUUCUCGAUCGCUUGCUUUGUGGGAACAGUCAUCAUCCUGCUACGAGUAAAAAAAAUCUGGAACGAAUUUUUAAAAAAAAAAAUCAUGUUCAGGCACCGACGCUGUAUGACGACAAGACCCCAAUCGAAAUGCAGUACCGACCUGUCAAUUUGUCGGCAGGCCCUCACAUUCUCACUUGA